AUGCAAAUAGAACCUUACAUUAAUACAGUGUUGAAAAUACAAGAUAAUAGUACUCUAACUGAUGCAAAACUUAAUCGAAGAAAGCAUUAGAAUAUAGUAUAUGAAAAUGAUGGACUCACUGCAAAAUACUCACCAAACCCAGAAACACAUGAAUAUGUAUGCUUUUAAACAGAAAAAGCUAUCACUUCCUCAUUUUAUUACUUUGAAGUUAAAAUCCUAAAAAAAGAAAAUGCUAAAAAGUAAUCAUAAUUAAUAAAUUUAGUAUUAUAUCUAUUGGCUUAGCUUUUGAUAAUUAUCAAACAAACAAACCUUUAGGUAUUAUUGGUGGAAGUAUAGGAUACUAUUCUGAUGGAAAAGUAAUUCUUAAAAAACAAGAAAUUGAUUUGAAAUUGAAUCAAUACAAAUAAGAUGAUAUUAUUGGAUGUGGAAUUCAUAAAUCAGAAGUCUUCUUUACACAUAAUGGAAUUCGUAGUUUACAAACAGUUAAAAUUGAUUUUAAAGAACCAUUAUAUCCAACAGUAGUGUGUGGAGAUGUUGUAGCUUUACGUUUCAACUUAGGAGCUAGUCCAAUGAUAUUUGAUUAUUAGAAAAUGUUAUAGAAGGAGAAGAAUGAAAUCAUUUAAGAGAUUGAUAAAUAAGAUGUUUCUCCUUAUAGUCUACAUCUAAUUAUUUAAGAGUAUUUAUGGAGUUAAGGAUACUUAAAUUCUUUGAAAUAAUUUGAAAGAGAAAGUUCUCUUCAAGAAAAUGAAAAUAUGAGAUUAGAAAAAAAACCAGAAGAAAUGAAUUAUGAAGAAGAAUAAUAAUGUGAUGGUGAUUUAAAACGCAAACAAAGUCUAUAAAUGACACCUAUGUCUGCAUUACAAAGAAAAUUAAGUGGAUUAUAAAGUCCUAACUUUUAAUAAAUAUCAUCAAUCGAAAGAAAAGUCAGUGGCUUUUAUUUAGAUGAAUAGGAAAAUAAUAAUGAACUUAAUUAAAUAGCUGAAUAAGCAUUCUUAAAAGAUCAAUUAGUUAAUUAAGAAAGAAUAAGUAUAUUUGUUAUUUAUAUCAGAAAUUCAAAAACUUAUUCGAGAAGGUAAAAUUGGUGAAGUUAUUGAUAUUCUACUUGAUAUGAUGCCAGGAUUUUUAUAAAAAGAGGGAAUCCAAUAAACCUUAUAUGCCUAAUACUUUAUUGAAUUAUGUAGUCUAUAAAUCAUAUUAUUAGUGAAAAAGGACAAAGUCUAAGAGGCUAUAGUAUUGGGAUAAAUUCAUUUGAGCCAGAAUUUAUAGUAUCAAGUAGAAUGCGUUGACGAAAAGUUGAACCCUAUCAAAAUUAAAAUAGAAAGUAUUUUGGGUUUGAUAUGUUACGAUGAUAUUGGAGUUAGUGCUUUGAAAGGACUCAUCAGUUAGUAGUAAAGAGAAAGGGUUUGUGAUUAUAUCAAUAGAAGUUUGUUAAGUAAUUAUGGAAUCAAAUUAUUUAAGUUGAGUUGGGAUAUGAGGAUGAAUCAGCAUUAGAAAUCUGUCUUAAAUAGUUAAUUUAGGUUUGCGGUCAAAAUUAAUAAAGAGGAUUGCUAGGAGGACAUUCAGUCUAAUUUUUAUGA